GUCACUUUCAACCUACCAAUGGAUCUAGAAGAGAAGAGUUAGAAGCAAUGGAGGGAGCAGAGGAAGCUGGGGCUGAGAUAGCGGUUGAUUCAAAGGACUUGCAGAAACAAAGCAAAGCUUUCGACAAGCUCACCGAUCGUGUCGAGGAUCGCCAGCUCGAUUCCUCUCGUGUUCAAUCGGCUAUGGCUAGAAUUGCUGCUUCUAGGAAGGCUGAUCUAAAUGCGAAGAGAUUGAGCUAAAAACUCUUAGCUUUCUCUCGUGUUCUAAAUUCUCGAAAAGGAGAUUCUUAGCAAUGCUUAAGGAAGAUAUAACAUAAGUCAAACUCGUUUUUUUCCAAUCCUAAUUCAGAAUUAACUUGAUUACUGCAU